GCUUUUUCCAUCUCAACUGGCUGGGGGAAGCGAGAGUUGAGGCCACUUCUCUGAACGGAACUGUUCAUUCUUAGCUCAUUAGCUGCUCACUCUCUGCGACGGAGAGAGACUGAGGACUGAGCUGAAGCUCUUCUUCUCCGCCUUUAACACAGAGAGAGAGAGAGAGAGAGAGAGAGCGAUGAGCUUCCAAGACGUGCAGAAUGGCCGGGGCAGGCCUUCCGCCUCUCGGCCUCAGAGCCCGUCCCAGGCCGUGGCCGCCGGAAUCUUCCAGAUCAAUACCGCCGUCGCCGGAUUCCGCCGCCUCGUCGACGCCAUCGGCACCGCUAAGGACACCCCCGACCACCGCCAGAAGCUGCACAGUUCGAGGCAGCGGAUACUGCAGCUGGUGAAGGAUACUUCCGCGAAGCUCAAGUCCCUGAGCGAAUCGGAUCACGAUCUCGACGUCAAUGCGAGUAAGAAAAUAGAAGAUGCAAAGCUUGCAAGAGACUUUCAGACUACGCUUCAAGAGUUCCAGAAAGUCCAACAGCUUGCUGCUGAGCGAGAAUCGGCUUAUGCCCCAGCUGGUCCUCCUUCUACCUCGAUAACAAUAUCAGAAUCUGUGGAACCAGAUGCAUCUAAGAGGGAUCAAGAACAACAACCUUUUCUCAUGAAAGGGAAGAGGCAGGAGCUUAUUCUUCUGGAUAAUGAAGUUGCUUUCAAUGAGGCUAUGAUUGAGGAAAGAGAUCAGGGCAUAAGAGAAGUGGAAGAGCAAAUUGGACAAGCCAAUGAAAUUUUCAGGGAUCUUGCUGUCUUAGUGCACGAGCAAGGCGUCGUUAUUGAUGACAUUCAAUCAAACAUUGAGAACUCCUCUGCUGCCACAACACAAGCUAGAGUUCAGCUAUCUAAGGCCUCCAAAAGUGCUAAAACUAAAUGCUCAUGGUGCUGGUGGCUGUUAGGGAUUGUUGUGGUGGCACUGGUCAUCUUCCUCGUGGUUAUCCUCGUCUAGUGUGCGACUUUGCCAUGCAUUCGAGCUGUGAUGAUAUUUUACAUCUUGGAAAAAUUCUUUUCACUGACAUUGCUUUGUGCGAGUGGGCGGUGUUCGUAGUGCGCGAGUCAAGUGGAACUCCCCCUUUACAGUUAUUAUAUACUUUUUGAAAAGAAAAACUUUUUUUUGAAUUUAUUCAUUAGGGUUCUCCAGUUUGUUUUGCUGUCCUGGUGUGCUCCUGUAUUCAACUUCCGUUGCUCGACAAGUCGGUUUCAUUCUUUUUGUAUCGAGUGCUUGUAGAGGAAAGCGUGUAACUGCUUACAAUACUGAGGAUGCGGAUAUGUCUAUUUUCAUUGUUAUCAGUGUUAUUGCUAAAAGGUAUAGAAUUCCCCUCAAUGUGUCA